AUGACUUUUUCUUCUUCGAUAUUGACUAAAUUAUCUAUCAAUGUAAAUGAUUUUAAUGAUGUUUAUGCUUUACUUGAUGGUCGUCUCAAACAAUUAACUACACUUAUCAUCCAAGUUGGUAUUAUCAGUGAUCUGAUAUUAACAUCUCCUAACAGGGUUGAUCUACCUAGUUUAAAAUGUUUCGCAUUAACAUGUUAUCGUCGUACCCAAGGAUAUGAAAUUCAAGUUUUACCUCUUCUUCUUCGAUUGAUGUAUCUCGAAGAAUGA